AUGUCGCUCCCCAGCGCCGAGCCCUGCUCCCCGGAGGAGCCCCCGGCGGAGGAGGACGCGGCGCUGCCGCCCCCCGGCUCCGAUCCCGCCGCUGCUCCCGCUCCUCCUCCCGCUCCUCCCGGCGCCGUGCGCGGGGCGGAGCCGCCGGGGCCGCUCUCCUCGGGCCCGGAGCGGCCCUCGGAGCCGGCGGCCGGAGCCAUGGCCGAGGCCGACCGGGAGCUGCGCGUCCCCUUCAUCGAGGCGGAGGAGACCGAGAACGAGCCGGAGGCGGCGGCGGGGGCGGCCGGGGGCGGAUGGCGCUGCGGGCGCUGCCCGGACGGGGCCGCGCUGCGCUGGUGCAUCUCGGGGACGCUCUGCGCCUCCUUCCUGGGGCUGGGGAUGAGCAUCGCCGUGCUGGGUCCCACCUUCCCCACCCUGGCCGCCAAUGUCGGCAAGAACGUCAGCGACAUCUACUACAUCUUCGUGGGCCGGUCCUUGGGCUCCCUGGGCGGGUCGGUGGUCGGCGGGGUGCUCUUCGACUGCAUGAACGCCACUCUGCUGCUCGCCUUCUCCAUGCUUGGAACAGCAGCUGGUCUUUAUGUGAUACCCUGGUGUAACCAACCCCUGAUAUUGACCAUCUUGAUGUCAGUUAUUGGAGGUUCCAUGGGAAUUCUGGACACAGGUGGCAAUGUACUGGCACUGUACACCUGGGGAUCAGAGGCUGGGCCACACUUGCAGGCUUUGCACUUCAGUUUUGCUGCUGGUGCAUUUCUGGCUCCUCUGGUGGCUCAAAUGGACUUGGGGAGUUCCAAAUCUGAGGAACUAUCAGGGGCUGAAAAGACAAACCAGUCUGUCCUCAAGUCUGUGCCAACAGCAUCAGCUGCAUCAGCUACACCAGCACCGAAUGACCAUCGCAAUGAGAGCUUUUUGUGGUCCUAUGUUUUCAUAGGUUCCUAUAUUCUCUUAGUUUCCAUCUUCUUUUUUGCUUUGUUUUCAAAGAGCAGCUCAGCUAAAGACAAAUCAAAGGCUUCUGCGCACAAGGACAAGCUUGCCAAAUACCACUGGCCUCUCGUUGGUCUCCUGUUCGUGUUCUUCUUGUUCUACGUGGGAGCUGAGGUCACUUAUGGCUCCUAUGUGUACACUCACGCAAUGGUCUUUGCCGAGAUGAAGGAGAGCGAGGCAGCCGCCCUCAAUUCCGUCUUCUGGGGCGCGUUCGCCGUGUGCCGAGGCGCAGCGAUAUUCGGCGCCGCGUUCCUGUCCCCUGCCACCAUGAUCGUCCUGAGCCUCGUGUGCUCGGCCGCCUCCUCCACGGCCCUGGCCUUCUUCUCCCACGUGCGGGCCGCGCUGUGGGCGGGCAGCGCCGUGUACGGAGCGUCCAUGGCCACCAUCUUCCCCAGCGGCAUCGCCUGGAUCGAGCAGUACACGGUGGUGGAAGGGAAGACGGCCUCGCUCUUUGUGGUGGGCGCGGCGCUGGGCGAGAUGUGCAUCCCCGUGGCGGUGGGCUACCUGCAAGGCAGGUACCACCACGUCCCCGUCGUCAUGUACACGGCCUUCGUCACCUCCAUGGUGACGGUGCUGCUCUUCCCUGCCAUGUACAAACUGGCCAACUGGCCCCAGCAGCGCGACUCGCGGGAAGUGAGCGACAGGGAGACCCGGAAAACGCUGCUGUCGAACUCCAGGCACACUGAGGAUGAGGAGGAGGAGGAGCAGCACGUGAGAGAGUGGAAUGAUGCAGACUUUGAGGUGGUAGAAAUGAAUGACGAGCUCAAAAACUCUCUGAGGGACACGUCCCACAGGAUACCAGGGGACUCUCCAGCUGUCCAGCCCCAUCUGGACAAUGCUUUGGGUGAUCCUCCAGUGGUUGCCAAUGGUUCCCCUGGGAGACAAAAUGGGAGUAUUAACUGGGACAAGAGUGAAUAGAGUCACAACAGACUUCUUUUUUUUUUUAAUGGAAAUGCAAUUGAAUUGUAGCUGUUGUCAAGUGGUUCGGGAACCCUUUCAUAGUGGUGCAGAGCUCAGCAUGUUCAUUUCCCCAGUCCUUCCUCCUCUUUCAGCCUGUGGGGAUAUGUCUUGGAGUGGGAAGGUCUUCAGUGAUGUGAAAGGGGCAACAUGAUAAAUGUUUGGCUAUGCCAAAACUGUUAAAAUGUAAAAGAUGCUUUCUAAAUAUGAGGCACGCAUCCAAAGAAGAGAUGCUGUAAUAACUGGGAAAGAAGGGGACUGCUCAGACUACUCAGAUUUUUGAGGUGGGUGAAAGGUGCAGGUCUGAAAUGCUUUGUCACAAAAUGGUUUCAUGAGAGAGGAGAGACAUCUGUUACCAGUAAUGCUGAACUUUCUUACCUUGUGAAGGAGGAAUGUUCCUACUGUGUCUGACAGUUGUGUGUGAUCAAAUCAGUUAAAAUUUCUGGUGAUGCCCAGGAGCUGUAAAUUGAAUAACUUGUGGCAAACUACAGGAAUUUUUGGUUCUGAGACAAAGACAAAAAAAACCCCUGGGAAAUGGUGGCAUAUUUGCACGUGGAGAUUAGGAAAUGCCCAAAAGUACAUUUCUUAGGAGUGAAACCAUGCCUUUGGGUCACUUAAAAGCAGUUUAUGAGAAAGGGCACAAAAUGGGCCACUGUUUAUCUGCUCAAAUGCAUAACUCCAACCUACUAAACCGUGGCAACAAAUCUAAAUAAUCAAAAGUAUUUCUGAUUUUAAUUAUGGCACUAUCACUGAAAUAAAAAAAUGUACACAGAAGAUGAUAAAAUUAUAAUGUAAUCUUUGAAUGGUUUGAGUUGGAAGGGACGUUUAAAGAUCAUCCAGUUCCAGCCUGCUGCCAUGGCAGGGACACCUUCCACUGGAACAGGUUGCUCAGAACUCUAUCCAGACUGGCCUUGAAAACUUCCAGGGCUGGAGCAUCCACAAUUUCUCAGGGCAACCUGUUUCAGUGCCUCACCACCCUCACAGGGAAGAUUUUUUUCCCUGAUAUCUGAUCUAAACCUACUUUCAGUUUGAAGCCAUCCCCCCCUUGUUCUAUCCUACAUGCUCUUGAAAAAAGUCCCACUCCACCUUUCUUGCUGACUCCCUUCAGGUAAAAGAGAUUGCUUAAUAUAUGGUAUUUUAAAGCCAGUUGUUAAAGGUUAUCACAACUUCUCUGGUUUCCUGUCCCAAGACAUACCAGAGUAAUGUGUUACAAUGGAGAUUUGAGGAGAGGGAAUUAUCAAUGAGACAAUCCUUUCCAGAAUGACUACUUGCCCCUGGCCAUCUGGCUUGGUGACAUUCAGGUUUUUUCUUUGGGGGGUGACAUGGAGAUGGAUUCUCCCUAGUGGAGAAGCAGCGGUUUGUACGUGAAGGUUCAUUGCUGCUAAGCAGGAAACCCUGGGCAGGUGCAGCCAUGCCAGAGAGCUCUCUCAGUAAGAGGAAAAAGGUAGCAGUAAAUGCAAAAUCUGUCUCUGAACAGUAAUCUUGUCAUUUGUCAGCUUGGAGCUCCAAAUCAGUUAAGUAUUUUUUUUAAGUCUGUGUGAUAAGAAUGUGCUUUGUUUGGGGUUUUUAACUUGGCACUUUUGUUAGUAUGUUUCUUGCUAAGAGGUUUCAUUUAGUAACAAAAGGGCUCCAGGUGUAACAGCACAGAAUGUUAGAUGUUCCUGGAUUUCCAGGUCUGGUUUUGUUCCCUCUUUUGUCCUUCAACUAUGCAACCUAGGCUUGAAUGGCUUUUUCUUUUCUUCUGAGAAGUUCAUAAGAAGCCAGAAUCAACUUGCAGUGAAAGUUUUUUGUUAAUAGCUUGCCAUGUUGCACAGCCUCCCUCUCUUUCUGCUGCUGGCACUUAAAUGCCACUGUGGUUUUGAUGGAUUCCUUCUGUGGCAUCUCUUUCCAGUGCAAUGCAUGGACCUGCACUUUAGAAUGCAGCCUGGUUUCACUUGAGGCACGAGGGUUCUGUUUGCUUCCAGGGAUGGUCAAUGCCAGCCCCAG